UGUCUAGUGAUGAGAUGAUCCACACGGGAAGGAAACAUCUAUGGAAAAUUCCUGAAAAGGACCCAGAACACAUUUUCGAAGAAUGUGAGAAAGGUCACAAAUUGCCGAUUAGAACUCGGGAAAGGGGGAUGAAAACUUGUCACCAAUUUGUGGAAUGCGUAGAAAUGGACAAUUGGAAACAGAGGCAGUCGUACAAAAUGCAGCACAAGAGUGGAAUCAAAUUUCAAUCCAGAUUCCUGCCCACUCAGUGCUGCGGUGAGAAAAAACCCCAGUUUGUAGAAGAAGAAAGCAGUAGUCAGACAGAUAAGACUGCAGAUUUUGGGGGAAGUGUCCCGUGUAGCAGGUGUCCCAGUAAGGUUCUUCCAGGAAAAAUCAUCCCAGAGGUGGUUCUGGAUUUACAAGGGAAUCAUACAUCCUACAAGUUAUGCUUUACUGAGCCUGGCUCUUUCCAUUGCUGUUAUACUGAUCUCAUAUUUGAGGUGAGGGGAGCUGUGACCAUCACAUACCAAUUUGACUCAUGGCCUAAACACCUGAACAGGUGGGAUGCAUGGAAGUUGAUGGUUGCCAGCCCUUUGCUCAACAUCCAAGCAGAUCCAGUCGAGUCUGUGUCAGCUAUUCAACUCCCUCACUUCUUGUGUCUUGCAGGUAAAAAGGGUUCCCAAGUCCGUAUAGCACAUUUUGUCGGUAGGAUGAUGAGUCUGCAGAAGCCAGACAGAGUGGGACCACUUCAUGCUGUGUUGGAAAACCCCAAGUUAUCUCCCUGUGGAGCAGUUUUCAAAAAGUUUUGGUUUAAGCAAAAGAUAAAGGUGCACGCUGUGGCCCUGCUCUAUGAAAAGCUGGAAGUCUCUGCUCCAAUAUUCCACCUCUACCUCCUCCCCAAUGACUCUUCCUUUAAAAAGGCUGUCCAUGAGUAUGAAGUGAAGUGCCAUUCACGAAAAAUGCAAAAAAAUCCUGUGACCAUGAAACCUCUUAAGAUUGGCUCUUGCUUCUUUGUGCAGAAGUUAGAUGGUGUCACAAUCUAUCCAAAGGUACAGCGCGAAGAGGGUGAAACGUUUUGCUGGGAGGGUACCUAGCCUGUGAGGUAUGAGGAUAGGAGAAACUCAGCUCAGACCUCUUCAGCCUUUUGCUUACCCUCUUGAAUGGAG